AAAACCCUCGCAUCGAUCGAUAAAUUAUCUGCAAUAGAAGGAAAUUUUCCAGCGUUUUCGCUGCGUGUGUCUUCCCUCGGGCCAGAGAAAAGCAGCUCCAACUUUUGCGUGUGCCAACCUCCGUGGGGCCAAACACGCGCGUCGCGAUGCUCAGCUAGAGAGAACCGCAGAGGCGCGCGCGUUCCGGAACGUUCCCAAUCCAAGGCGGCCAAGGAUAUUGAAUGCGAGUGGAAUUUGCCUCCCCCGACGGUGUAUUUUUUGUCCUCCUCGUCAUCUAGUCGUCAUCGCUCUUUGUAUCACGUAAGCGCUUUUCGAGUAACUUCCAGUUUCCUUCCGUGUGUGUUCACACAAUAAUUGAUAAAGUUAGAACCUAUCUUAGUUAGUCGUCAACAAAACCCCCAAAAAAAUCAAGCAAUGAAGAAGCAAAAUGUCCGGACCAUUUCACUGAUUGUGUGCACCUUUACGUACCUGCUGAUUGGAGCCGCCGUGUUCGAUGCGCUCGAGUCGGAAACGGAGAAGAAACGCUGGAAGGCACUUAGUGCGGUCGAGAACGUGCUCAUCUCGCGCUACAACAUAUCGGCGGAGGACUUCAAGGUGAUCGAGACGGUCAUCAUGAAGUCGGAACCGCACAAGGCCGGCCAGCAGUGGAAGUUUUCCGGUGCGUUCUACUACGCCACGACGGUGCUGACCACGAUCGGGUACGGCCACUCGACCCCGUCCACCGUCAGCGGGAAGAUCUUCACGAUGUGCUACGCCGCGAUCGGGAUCCCGCUGGGGCUGGUCAUGUUCCAGAGCAUCGGCGAACGGGUCAACCGGCUGAGCAGUUACAUCGUGCACGCGGUCAAGACUUCGUUCAACUGCAAGAAGGCGAUCGCGUCCGAGAUCGAUUUGAUUUUGGUCGUUACGACGCUGAGUUCGUUGACGAUCGCGGGGGGAGCGGCCGCGUUCAGCAAGUUUGAGAAUUGGUCGUACUUUGAUUCGGUGUACUAUUGCUUCAUCACGCUGACAACGAUCGGGUUCGGGGACAUGGUGGCGCUGCAGAAGGACAACGCGCUGAACCAGAAGCCGGAGUACGUGGCGUUUGCGUUGAUCUUCAUCCUGUUUGGGCUGGCGGUGGUGGCUGCGUCGUUGAAUUUGCUCGUGCUGCGGUUCGUCACGAUGAACACGGAGGACGAGAAGCGGGAUGAGGCGCAAGCGAUUCAGGCCAUGCAAAUCGCGGUCAAACUGGACGGCGACAUCAUCACGGGCAACUCGAGCGACUCGGACCGCAAGUGCUACGAGCGGGUGUCGAUUUCCGGCCCAAGCCGGAACUGUACCACCAUGCGUGGUGGCUCAGGAGGUGGCAAGUUCAUCGACUACCUUCCCCCGCCGGCGGACAACUCCAGUGGCGUGGGGUACAUCAUGGACGCCAGCUAUCGCUACCCGACGCAGGUCAUGAUGAUGGACUGCGAAAUGGCCGAACUGCGAUCGCCGCACGGGUUCCACUACCAGAACCACGGGGACCAGUUUGUGGACCUGGAGGAAACGGACGACGAAGGUCUGAUACGGCCCCUCGGGUUUGACUUUCAGCCGAGCCGCGGACGGGCUUCGGUUUAGGAGAAGGGGUGGAGAAUUUAAUUAAUUAAUGAUAAGGAAAAAGAACAAGUUUUGGGUCUAAAUUUUUAAGAAAUAAAAACACACACACACUCACACAAAAGUACCAUUGUCGAGUUUUUAGCGUUAGUGAUUGGGAGCAAUCGGUUGAAGUAAUAAUAAAAAACUA